AUGUGCAUAACUGGAGAGUGGCCAACGAGGAGAGGGAAGGACGGCAUAGGUUUGCAUAGAGAUGAACUUGAGGCUAGACACGAGGUUACUAGUCAAGUGAAUGGUGAACCCCAUACCUCGAGGAGAACCUCCUUUUCCCACUCCCAUUAUGGCACAUAUUAUGACAAUAAAAAGGGGCCCACGAGGUCUUUUCAGAUGAGAUGCUUUGAAUAUUUGAAAUUGAGACCCAAGACGGUUGCUUUAGAUGUUAUGCAACAGCUUUCUGAGUGCUUAACUUAUUUGUCGGAUUUCAAAUCUACAACAAGAAGAAAGAUGAUGGUGGAUUCUGGAGCAAACGCAAAGGGGGGACCUGUUAUUGACAAUUUACCAGAGAAGGACGAAGAUGGAGGAUAUGCUAGCGGAGGGUGGAAGAGUGAAGAUGGAAGCUUGAGCUGUGGAUAUUCCAGUUUUAGAGGAAAGAGGGCGACUAUGGAGGAUUUUUAUGACAUUAAGACUUCAAAGGUCGAUGGACUAACAGUCUGUCUCUUUGGAAUAUUUGAUGGUCAUGGUGGUUCACGUGCAGCAGAGUAUUUAAAGGAACAUCUCUUUGAGAAUCUCAUGAAACAUCCAGAAUUUAUUACAAACACCAAAUUGGCAAUAAGUGAAACAUAUCAGCAGACUGACAGAGAUUUUUUGGAGUCUGAGAAAGAUACUUUCCGGGAUGAUGGUUCAACAGCUUCAACUGCAGUUCUAGUUGGCAAUCACCUAUAUGUUGCUAAUGUUGGAGAUUCGCGGACGAUAGUAUCAAAGGCAGGCAAAGCAAUUCCACUCUCAGAGGAUCACAAACCAAACAGAAGUGAUGAGCGGAAAAGAAUUGAAAAUGCUGGAGGUGUUGUAAUGUGGGCAGGCACUUGGAGGGUCGGAGGUGUCUUGGCCAUGUCCCGUGCUUUUGGAAACCGCAUGCUGAAGCAGUUUGUCGUGGCUGAACCUGAGAUUCAGGAACAAGAGAUUGACCAAGAGCUUGAACUGCUUGUGCUCGCAAGCGAUGGACUUUGGGAUGUUGUGCCCAAUGAGGAUGCUAUCUCAGUUGCACAAAUAGAAGACGAACCUGAAGCAGCAGCACGGAAGUUGACAGAAACUGCUUUCACCCGUGGUAGUGCUGACAAUAUUACCUGCAUUGUUGUGAAGUUUCACCACAACAAAACAGAACGUGAGGAAACCAAUCAUACUUUCAAAUCAAACACCGAGGAAACCCUGCGAACUUCCAAACCAAACUCUGAGGAAACCCAGCAAACCUCUGAAGGAAACUCAGGGGAAACCACGAAAGAUUGCAAGUCGAAUCCCGAGGAAUCCCAAGAAAAAUUUCUCCCCAUUUCAAUUUGGUGGGAAAAAAACCCCCAAAUUCCACUUCCGGCGGUUCAAAUUAUUAUUUUAAUCGUUGCCAUGCCAAAUUAA